AUGCGGUUCGAUUUUGGGGGCCGGCCAAAUUCCUCGAUGCGGCCCUUUGCCGUGGCGUCAGCAGUCGUUGCCCCUCCCGCUGUAUCGGCACCGGCUCCGGCGCCUGCGGGGAUGUCGCCCCCUCCCGAUCCUGUGUCUGCGCCGUCGCCUGUGCCUCCUGCUGACCUGGCCCCUGCGCCUGUUGUGGCGCCACCCCCUGCUGUGGCGUCGUCGUCCGCGCCUGCUGUGGUGACAGCUCCUGCUCCUGAGGUGGCGCACCUUGGAGCACGCGGUGUGGCGUCUGCUCUUGCGCCUGCUGCGGCGACUGCACCGGUGCCGGCAGCCGCGUCUGCUCCUGCGCCUGCCGCGGUGCCUGCUCUGGCGCAACCUCCUGCGCCCGCUGCUGCGGCUUCGUAUGCGGCUGCUGUGGCGGCCUCCGUGCCGCCACAGGCUGCGCCAGCCGGGGCGCCUUCUGCUGUAGCUGCUGACCCGUCUUACCAGCCGCCUCCAGCCACCAGCGCCGUCCUGAACCAGGCGGGGGAUGCCGUUUCGCCGUCGGCUCCUGCGUCAUCCCCUGCUGCCCGGCCGGCUCAGCGUCAUCCGUCCCCACAUCGCCGUCCCUCUCGACCUCACUCACCAUUGCCGCGAGAUGAGCGGGAGUCGUCGCGACGCCGUCGUGAUUCUCCUCGGCGUCGCCAUUCGCAGGCGGACUGGCCUGCCCACCGUGGAGGCCGCGGUGGCUAG